CAGCUUUUAAUUUGAAACAUCCUACUUCCGUGUUGUUAUUCGUAUCACUGCUGACAUGUCUAACAGAGGUGUUGUGAUCUGUGUUUUACUGGCAGGAUUUUGCUUCAUUUCAUGGAAACACUCGUUAAUUGGUGUUACAGAUGCUCUGAAGCUGGCCGGACGCGGGCUCAUAUUCCUGGGCAUCUGCACAUGGCUGAUUUAUAUGUUACCGAGGCUGAAAUCUUUCUUCUUUCCAGUGUGUCAAGAGCUCCCAGACAACCCACUGCAUGAAUCCAGCAGACUGAAACAAGAGCAAGUUAGAAGAAUUCAACAACAUCAACACAAUGACAAGAUGUCUGACUAUGCUGAAAGCGUGUUAAAGCCGAGACAGAACUCGUUGCUCCAGCAGAAAAUGGAGCGGCACCAUCGCUUGACAGGAGAGACCUGGAAACUCAGCCAAGGGUUUCCAGUCGGGGGGGAAGAGGAUCAGAUGUGUCUUGAUGUCAGUGCAGAUGAGAAUCCUAAUCAGGGAGCCAGAAGGAGACGGAAGCUGCUGCAGACUGUUACUCGAGAUCCUGUCCAAAAGGAAGCGCCCAAGCAGAAGAAGGUCAUAGUUUUGCCCGAUGAGCCGUCAGCAGAUACUGAGGGGGCUGUAAAAAUAGCUCUAAGAUGUCCAAGCAGAAGAACGAUUCACCGGCGAUUCCUCAAAACCUGGAGCUCGAUGCUCCUCCUUGACUGGAUGAUGAAGACAGGAUACCCUCCUGCUCUCUACACACUGUGUACAUCCUAUCCCAGGAAAACCCUGCUGAUGGCUGUAGACGUGAGCCUGGAGGAGGCUGGGAUUCUCACCGACACACUGCUGCACGUGGAGGAGAAAGAGCCGUCCGUUACCUAAGAGAACUUCUAUUUUAGAAAUGCUUUUGUGGGACUUAAUAGAUAUCAGUAUCAGUGCUGUAACAUCGUGCACCAAUCGAAAGGACUUAAUUCUCUACAUCUGCCAGAAUUGGGAUACAUUUCAUUGUAACUCUUCACUUUUGCUCUUCAACUGGCUUAUGGAUAAAUCUUACAGUCUGUUUGCUGAUCUUAGUUUUUCUAUAAAUACAUGAGAAUAAUCCUGUUUAGAUACAAUGUUUUUUAAAUCAGCAAAAAAUUGAUGGUAAUAAAACAAGGGUUGUUAGGGUGACAGAAUUCUCAGGUAGUUUUUAUAUUAGGCUGCAGAUUGGUACUCUUGUCUCAUUUGAUCUAAUAUCUGAAUGUUCAUAUACUAAAAGGUUUGAGGUCCAUACAAUUUUGACAUCAAUUAAAUGCAGGUCAGCGUAAGAUACCGUUCAUGUUUUUCUUUGAAACGCAUAGUUAUGGCAAUGCUAGAACUGAGUGUGUCACCUUUGGGAUGUGAAGUUCUGGACAUUGACUUUGAAAUUCAACCUCCAUGGGAAGCAAAGAAUCGUUCGCUGGUAAAAACUACAACUACAAAGUGAUAAAAUGCUUGCUUGCUUGCAAAAGUGCAUGUUCUCAGAAUACAUGGAUAUUUUAGACCAUCUGUGAAUGGAGAAAGAAGCUCUUUGCAGCCAGAUGGUGUAGUUUCACAUGUACCAGCAGAGGACGAUGAUAACCAGUCAAAGCUUAAACAAUGAUCUGCACCACUCUAGUACAGCAAACAAAAACACUUUUCAUGCUCCAGUCAAUUCUUAAUGUAAACUACAAAAAUAAAACAGUUCCACUCUA